AUGUGGCCUUCUCACGCCUGCUUCUUCUGGCUAUACGUAGCCUUGCUUAUAUGCUGUGCAAACGGUCAGUCAACAUAUUGGCUAGCGAAUAAGCCAAACGUCGGGAAAGUCGCGUUUCAGACGGAUCCAAAUUAUCCCGUCUUUCGCAACGUUAAAGACUACGGAGCUCGAGGCGAUGGCAUACAGGAUGACACAGACGCCAUCAACAAUGCGAUCGCGGCUCCAGGAAGCCUCAGCACUAUAACACAACGGCUGAAUGGCCGUUGUGGAGGAGGUAAUUCAACCGUAGGCUCGUUCUGCGAGUCUGCAACGGUGACUCCAGCAUUGGUCUACUUCCCUCCUGGGACCUACAAGGUGUCCAAACCAUUGAUCAUGUAUUACAUGACACAGAUGGUGGGCGACGCGGUGACUCCUCCCACAAUCAAAGUUGCCGCAAACUUUACCAAGAUCAUUGGGCUCGCCGUGAUGGAUGCAGAUAUCUAUAUUCCCAGCGGAUCUGGAGGAGAGUGGCAUGCCAACCAAAACAACUUCUGGCGACAGGUCCGCAACUUCAUCAUUGACAUGACAACGGCUCCUCUUGAUACUGCCGGCAUUCAUUGGCAGGUAGCGCAGGCGACGAGUCUGCAGAACAUUGUCAUCAACAUGGCCGCAAAGGAUGUUGUCAAUAACGCACAACAGGGUAUCUACAUGGAGAACGGCUCGGGAGGCUUCUUUUCUGAUAUUACCGUCACCGGAGGAGCUCUGGGCAUGUAUCUUGGUAACCAACAGUUCACCACGAGGAAGUUGAGUUUCAACGGUUGCAGCACAGCCAUCAAGAUGAACUUCGACUGGCUCUGGCUUUUCACUCAGGUCACCAUCACCAAUUCCAAUGUUGGCAUCGACAUGACUAAUGGAGGGUUCUCGAACCAGGCUACUGGCUCGGUUGUGGUGAUCGACAGCGUCAUAUCGGCGACACAGGGUAUCCUGACGCCUUAUGCUCCAGGCUAUAGCUCGCCUCAGGCUGCGGGGACGCUGGUGCUCGAGAGGGUUGACUUUACCGGCAGUCCCGCGGCAAUCUCUGCUGCUGGAGGUACUCAAGCAAGGACCGUUCUGGCCGGAGGACAGUUUAUCGAGCUAUUUGCCCAAGGAAAUGCCUGGACCACGGCAGGACAAGGCUUGAAUGGCCAAACCUUCAAUGGAACAUCCUGCACUUACGCCAACUCCAGUCAAACGGCAUACACGGCGCAAGAGACGACGAUCCAGAGACAGCUAGCUCCUAUUCCUCGCCCUUCCAACCUGGUGGACAGUAACGGUCAGUACAUCUACCGGGUCAAACCACAAUACGAAACCCUCCAAUGGAGUUCGUUCUUGAGCGCAAAAGCCAACGGCCUUGCUGGAGACGGGCAAACCGACGAUACCGCUGCCAUGCAGAACCUGUUCAACCUCGCAGCCAGCACAAACAAGGUCGUCUACUUUGACAAGGGCGCCUAUAUUGUCACGAGCACCGUUAAAGUCCCACCCAACCUGAAGAUGACUGGAGAAAUGCUUCCCAUCAUCAUGGCCACGGGGCCCUUUUGGGGCGACCAGAUGAAUCCGAAACCGGUGCUGAAGGUCGGCAACCCAGGAGACGUUGGUACAGUCGAGAUAUCCGACCUCAUCUUCGAGACUCGCGGGCCUUGUCCAGGUGCCAUCAUCGUCGAAUGGAACAUCAAGGCCCAAGGUCCAGCGCUGGCGGGCAUGUGGGAUGCUCACUGGCGUAUCGGUGGUUCUGCCGGGACGAAUCUCCAGUCGGACAAAUGUAUCAAGACUCCGUCUCAGCCCAUCACGUCAGGAAGCUCGGUCUUGACGGAUUGUAUCGGCGCCUUUCUUUUGUUGCACGUCACGCCUCAAGCUGACGGAUACUUUGAGAACACCUGGGGCUGGGUAGCCGAUCACGAACUCGACCUGGGUACGCGUGAGCAGAUUUACAUUUUCAACAAGGCUGGCUUUCUCUUCGAGUCGGCAGAAGGUCCGGUGUGGCUGUACGGCACCGCGUCCGAGCACAGCGUCAUGUACGACUACCAGUUCUCCAACACCAAGAACGUCUUCAUGGGCCACAUCCAGCACGAGACGGCGUAUUACCAAGGCAAUCCAGACGCCCUUCACGCCUACUUCACACCGCAGAGCAGCUGGAACGAUCCUACCUACGCAGACUGUACGCAGCCGAACUGCGCCCGGACCUGGGGUGUUCGGAUCCUGAAUUCCAGUUCCAUCUUUAUGUACGGUGGCGGCUUGUACAAUUUCUUUGAGAACUGGAACACCCAGGCUUGUUUGGGCACGGAGAGCUGUCAGGAGCGCAUGGUGGAUAUCCAGAACUCGACCGACGUCUACCUGUGGGCGUUGAGUACAAAGGGAAGCCAGUUCAUGAUCAGCUACGAGGGAACCGACGUCGUGCCGUACAGUGUGAACAGGGCGAAUUUCUGUGAGACGAUUGCACUGUUUGAGUUGGCCGAGUCGCAGUAG